ACCUCAAUCUAAACCAGUGCCAAAUACCAAGAAAACCACUCAUGAAACCCUGGGGGCUUCAGAUGGUUACCAACUUUCUACUCAAGGAAUGACAUCUAAAGAAUAUAAGUCUAGAGAACGGAUUCAGAAAUUGAAGAAACAUGCAGAGAACAGGAAGACUAUGGAAGUCAAGGAAAACGGAGACUCCAUGAAACACCAGGAACCCAUGGAACUUGACAGUCCUUAUAUCAGCAGUAGACAAAAAGACUAUGAUAGACAUCUGUCAUUCAAAGACCAAAGAGACAAAGAUCAUGGUUUAUUAAACCUGUCCAAGGAACCAGACGAAAUAAUUCAUUCUAAAAGGGAAGAUAUGUGUACCGAGAAGUCGGGAAUAAAUGGGCAGCUAACCUGCAGCAACAAUACAAAUACGGGAUCUGGCCAAUGUUCCCGUCAAAACAGCUUUCACUGCCAAACAAGUGAUCUGGGAAUAUCAGGCAAGAACAGGUACCUGGAACUAUCAGAUGAGGGCUCAUUGCAGCCUGCGGUAAAGAAGGGAGACCUCCGUAGCGGGAUGAGGAAAAUCUUUUCCAGUAUUGGCUUGACUUCACGGCCCAAGCUGGAGCGUUUCCAGUCCUCCAGUCUGGAGCAGAUUUCUUCCCCGUACCAUGCUGGUGGUUCCACUUCAGUACAUGGAGACACUGACUCAUGUGAUGGAUCAGUGAAGCCUGGGAAGAUAAAGAAGAGUCCCUCGCUGCAGUCUCUGAAACUGAUGUCACCAUUUCACUUACCAAGGAAAGCCUCCUCUGUGCAGAACUUGUUGGGAAAAUCAGACCGCUCUGCUGUUUACAUCACGGGAGAUGUCAACACGGCGCCAAGGCGUGCCCUCAGUGUGGAGGAUAUCGGAUCUCCUGGAAAGGCACGUGUGUUGGGGAAAGUGGCAGAAGUUUACCCAGAUGGUACGCGUCUUUUAGAAUUGCAGCGCCCUGAAAGUGGCACAUUUGGCUUCAGGAUUUCAUCCGGUAAUGGAAGACCUGACUCAGGUAUAUAUGUACAGGAAAUGAGCGACGCUAACAUGGCCAAGCUUUACUCAGGUCUUCUACGUGUUGGAGAUGAGGUCUUAGAGGUGAACGGUACAAAAGUGUCAAUACUUGGACAGACUCGCCUCAUUGAGCUCAUGAACCGUGAACCUGUCUUAUCAUUACGUGUAUUACACCAGAGACGGACCAAGUGUUGAGUGCACAGAAAAGGGAAAUGUCUGAGGAAAUGGAUAAACAUUCAUCUGUUGAGCUGAAUAUUUGUACUGAAGAAAGAUGGAAAAAUCCUCUUUCGCUGUGAUAGAAAUGAUCCUGUAUUGAGGUCAUCGUUUCCGUCACACGGCGAAAGAUUGCAGUAUUCAGAAGGGACAGUAUUGAGCUGUUGAGCUCUUUGAUAUAUUUCUCAUAAGACCUCUAUUGUUUACCAAACUGUUUUGCACUGUCUUUUGACAUCACAUUUUGUUUAUCCUACAACACUGGUGUGACACUCCGAAGGAAAGCCUCUCCGGUACGGCGCUCUGCACAAAUAAUCCUCAGCCUGACCAUGAAGCUCUCAUGCCAAGCAGUAUUAAACUGAAUGAAAUGGACCUUGUUUAUGGCCCUGGGCGGGGCUUGACCCAGUUGCACAGUCCUUGUCUAUAUUUGUGUAUUUAUGAGUCCAAUGCGCCUCACUGCCUGAUUUUAAUA